AUGAAAUAUAUCGGUGUUACAAAUCACCUAAAAAAGUGCACUAAAGUGAUUAGUAUCAAACGUGAUCAUUCAACUACUACCAAUGAAAAAUUACAAAGUGUCGUGGGACUUGAAGUGCAUGCUCAGUUAAAUACGCAAUCAAAGUUAUUUUCUGGCGCUCAAAAUACAUUUGGUGGUUUGGUUAAUAAUUGUGUGUCAUUAUUUGAUGCUGCUAUACCUGGUACAUUACCAGUUUUAAAUAGAAAAUGCGUUGAGCUUGGUAUAUUGACAGCUUUAGCGCUUUCUUGUAAAGUGAAUGAAGUGUCAAGUUUUGAUAGAAAACAUUACUUUUAUGCCGACUUACCAGCUGGUUAUCAAAUAACACAGCAGAGAGCUCCAUUAGCUAGCGAUGGCGUAAUUAAUUUUCAGGUAUUCACACCAGGUGUCCACAAAAAGCCAUACAAUAAGAGUUCAAAAAUUAAGCAAAUUCAGCUAGAGCAGGACAGUGGUAAAUCACUGCAUGAUAGUGAUUUAAAGAGGAGUCUUGUUGAUCUUAAUAGAGCAGGAGCACCACUAAUUGAGCUCGUGUUUGAACCUGACUUAGAGGAUGGUGAGGAGGCGGCAGCAUUGGUUAAGGAACUUUUGUUAAUUGUGCAGAGGUUGGGCGCCUGCACCGGCCGUAUGGAAGAGGGCGCUCUUAGAGUCGAUGCCAAUGUCUCUCUAAGACGUUAUGGAGAACCUCUUUCUACAAGAACUGAAAUUAAAAACAUCGGUUCAGUUCGUGGUGUUGCAGGUGCUAUUCGUCAUGAAAUCGAGCGACAACGAUCCGUGUUGGAAAAUGGUGGCAAAAUUAUAAAUGAAACCCGAUCUUGGGAUGCCGUUAACAAAGUCACCGUGGCUAUGCGAGACAAAGAAGUUGUUCAGGAUUAUAGAUAUAUGCCCGAGCCUAAUCUACCACCACUACGCGUUAAUUUAUACACGAGGGAAGAGACGCAAGACGUUCUUAGCGUUCCUCUAAUAAAAGAUCGAAUACCGGAACUCCCCGAAGAUUCUAGAAAGAAACUCAUUGAACAAUUUUCUUUACGACCAGAAGUUGCUAUUCAACUAGUCAACGAACCUGUUCUAUUGAAUUACUUUCACGAAUUAACAUUAGGAAACACUAGAAGCCCUACUAAAGUAGCAAAUCUUUUACUAAAUGAUCUCUUAACUGUACUUAACAAAAGAAAGUUUGAUGUUGAAGAUUGUGUCAUAACUAUUAGACAAAUAAGAGAACUAACUGACAUGCUCCUAAACAAACAUAUUAAUUUGGACAUAUGUCGGAAAGUUCUAGACGAACUUCUCGAUAGUGCCAAUAACACAUCACCUUUAGAUAUUAUAACAAAAAAGGAAUGGUCUAUAGUUACAGAUGAAGAAGAAAUAACUAAGCGUUGCACAGAAGUCAUAGAGAACAAUCCAAAGCUAGUAAAACAAUAUAAAGACGGAAAAGUUAAAGUAUUUAAAGCAUUAUUAGGGAUUUUAGCUAAAAAUACGUCUAAUAAGAUUGAUAUGUCAAUUGCGGCUGCAAAAAUGGAGGAAAUUUUAAAAAAAUUAUAA